CCAAACACCCCCCCCCCCCCCUUCGCUUUUUACCGUAAUAUUUUCCAUUAUCCAACAUUAGCACAACUAGCUAAUAUCAAAAGCCCACAUGUCUACACUGCACCUACAGUAUGUUCCUCCCACUGUCAAAGCUAAUAAACCCAAAUCAAAUAUGACCAACGUACAACACAACGUACGUCAAAUCAAAUGUAAAUAUUUUAUGUGGCCCUCUUUCACCCGGGUCCCCAUGCUACAGCUCUGUGUAGCCCAAGCACGGCCACAUCUGAAGAAAUUACUAAAAAGAAAUACAAGUCCGGCUGACAAACCCCACUGUUCUUCAUAUCUCAUCCAUUACACUUUUAGAUUAGCUAGGAAUUUUAACUUUGACUUUCAAAAAUGACACCUGGUCUGUUUUGAAAUGUAGUGUGUAAAAAAAAAGUCUAAAGGGAAAGAUUUGGGCAAGUUCCCAUCUCUGCUGUGUAACGCUCACUGUGUAAACUGCCAUGUCUUGCUAUGCCUCAGUCAAAUAAAUGCUGCGUACCUGAUCGCGUUCAUUCUGGUAAAUUUUCUUUACAAUCUUUUUGCCAGUAUCAGAUUUAUUUUAAAAAAAUUUUUUUUUAAGUAGUCAACAAUAUCGGUUAACUACACCAUGCUCCACACCAUGAGUUACAUCAUUUCCUAGUAGGCGUAAUUCAGCUUGGCACAGCAAGUCAAACUGCAAUCGAGCUGGUCAUAAUGUGAGAAGAGUUCUUACUCUGGAGAUACCCAUAAGAUGUUUUGUUGGAAGCAUAUAAGGAUGCAUUUUGGAUGGAUAGUGCUUAUGACCAUGGUGAAUAAUGGAGUCCAGGCCUGGACAUACCAUUACAACACAGACACCAGCAUGGAGUGGGAAAUAGCACGCCAGUGGUGCAGGCAGCAUUACACCGACAUGGUAGCCAUCCAGAACAAGCAAGAGGUCAUCUACCUGAACCAGAUUUUGCCCUUGCAUCGCUCCUACUACUGGAUUGGCCUUAGGAAAAUGGCUGGCCAGUGGACAUGGGUGGGUACCAUGAAGCCCCUGGCACCCGAGGCAACCAGCUGGGCAACAGGAGAACCCAAUAACCAGGGAACUAGUGAAGACUGCGUGGAGAUCUACAUCAAGAGGUCCAAGGACCCAGGCAUGUGGAAUGAUGACAAGUGCAGCAAAAAGAAAGCAGCACUCUGUUACACAGCAUCGUGUUUUGAGAGGUCGUGCGGUGAUCAUGCCGAGUGUGUGGAGAACAUUGGAAACUACACGUGCGAGUGUAAUCCAGGGUUCACAGGACCACGCUGUAAUGAAGCUGUAGAGUGUGGCGCGGUCAAAACUCCAGAGCAGGGUUUUGUGCAGUGUAGCCAUGUUUAUGGAGACUUUCGUUUCAAUUCAUCCUGCCAGUUCCACUGUGCCCGUGGCUACAUAUUACAGGGUUCAAAACAUCUGCACUGCUUAUCACUGGGGAAGUGGGAUCGUGAUCCUCCCGAGUGCCAGGUUGUCGAAUGUCCUCCAAUUACAACUAGAACCAGUGGUUGGAAUAUGACAUGCAACCAUCCUCUGCACACAAACAGCUACAACUCUACAUGUGUGUUCAGAUGUGACGAGGGCUUUGAGCUGAGAGGUUCACACACAACCCGGUGUGAUCACACUGGACAAUGGACACACAACACCCCAACCUGCACAGCUGUGACCUGUGAGCCACUUGUGAUGCCGGAGAAGGGUCACAUGACCUGUACUGAUCCACUGGGAAAGUUCUCCUUCCGUUCAUCUUGUGCUGUGACCUGUGAGGAAGGAUACACGCUGAAAGGAGAGAACACACUCACCUGCGUCAAGACCGGCAACUGGUCAGCAGAAACUCCAACAUGUGAAGUUGUAAGGUGCAGCGCUCUCAAUUCUGCUCCUCAUGGCUCCAUGCAUUGUACGGAUCCGUUGGAGAAAUUCGCUUAUAGCUCCAUUUGUCGGUUCGAGUGUGACAUUGGGUUUCUGCUGAUGGGUUCAAACUACACCUACUGUAAUGUACAGGGAAAUUGGACCCACAGCCUUCCAGUGUGUCAAGCGGUACAGUGUUCUCCUCUGUCUGCUCACUCCAGUGAUGUGAGAAUGAACUGCACUCAUCCCCUCUCCACCAACAGCUACAACUCCACAUGUGUGUUUAACUGUGAUGAGGGUUUUAAGAUCAUAGGUUCCUAUAAAACUCAGUGUGAUCACACUGGACAGUGGACAGCCAAGUCCCCCACUUGCAAAGCUGUGACCUGUGAGCCACUUGUGAGGCCUGAGAAGGGUCACAUGAUCUGUACUGAUCCACUGGGAAAGUUCUCCUUCCGUUCAUCUUGCGCUGUGACCUGUGAGGAAGGAUACACGCUGAGAGGAGAGAACACACUCACUUGCAUCAAGACCGGCAAAUGGUCAGCAGAAACUCCAACAUGUGAAGCUGUGACCUGUGAGCCACUUGUGAUGCCGGAGAAGGGUCACAUGACCUGUACUGAUCCACUGGGAAAGUUCUCCUUCCGUUCAUCUUGUGCUGUGACCUGUGAGGAAGGAUACACGCUGAAAGGAGAGAACACACUCACCUGCGUCAAGACCGGCAACUGGUCAGCAGAAACUCCAACAUGUGAAGCUGUGACCUGUGAGCCACUUGUGAUGCCGGAGAAGGGUCACAUGACCUGUACUGAUCCACUGGGAAAGUUCUCCUUCCGUUCAUCUUGUGCUGUGACCUGUGAGGAAGGAUACACGCUGAAAGGAGAGAACACACUCACCUGCGUCAAGACCGGCAACUGGUCAGCAGAAACUCCAACAUGUGAAGUUGUAAGGUGCAGCGCUCUCAAUUCUGCUCCUCAUGGCUCCAUGCAUUGUACGGAUCCAUUGGAGAAAUUCGCUUAUAGCUCCACUUGUCGGUUCGAGUGUGACAUUGGGUUUCUGCUGAUGGGUUCAAACUACACCUACUGUAACGUACAGGGAAAUUGGACCCACAGCCUUCCAGUGUGUCAAGCUCGACAGUGCCCUUUGCUGGCCAGCCCAGAAAAAGGCUGGAUGAAUUGCUCUCACCCUCACUUCCUCUUCAGUUAUGGCUCACAUUGUGGUUUUGGAUGUGACAUUGGCUAUGUGCUCAGAGAGGAAUCUAAGUUGGACUGCACGACAGCAGGAACCUGGAGUCAGGAGAUACCUUCUUGUAAAGUGGUUCAGUGUGAAUCCCUCUUGCGGGCACCUCUUUUGCAAUCGGAUUCUGUUUCUGUCCCCUUUAUGAACUGCUCCCAUCCCAGAGGCGACUUCAGCUUCGGCUCCCGGUGUGCGUUCAGCUGUCCUGAAGGCUACAGGCUGAACGGAACUACUGACCUGAUGUGUACAUCUGGUGGAUUUUGGACUGGCCUGGUGCCUACCUGCCUCACGGAGGACAUGCCAUUAGGUCUUGCUUUUCUUAUAUAUGGUGCAAUAGGCGCAGCAUCAUCACUUGGCCUGCUGCUGAUGGGGGGAUUGGUCAUGCUGUUGGUGCGGAAGUUCAGCAAGCAUACGUACACUCCGGAUUACUCAGCCUGGGAUGGAGCUCUAAAUCCAGUAUUUGAAGAAAAUUAACAAUUUUAUGAAAAACAUGCAAUGCUUUAUUAUGUACUGACCAAGACAUAAUAAUUUCUGCAAUGUUGAUUGGAUGAAACUCGUUAAUCAGCGUGUUAACUGUCUUCCCGAGGAUCUGCAUAAUGAAUAAAGGAAUAAUAUUUUACUCAAA